AUGGCGGCAGCAUCGACAGAUGCGGGGCAAGGGUCCACCAAAAUAACUCCUGAAGUGCUGCAGGAGAUGCUCCAGUACUACAACCUGAGCCGCCAGGAGUUUAUCAACACUUACAACAUCCAGCCGCUCGUCUACAUCCCCGAGUUGCCGUACAGUGCCAAGACCACCUUCGUGAUCAUGUAUAUGGUUAUUUUCGUCAUGGCUCUGGCUGGGAAUAGUUUGGUCAUCUAUAUAAUUGUGAAGAAACGGGCGAUACAGACGGCGACAGAUAUUUUUAUUUGCUCUCUGGCGGUCAGCGACCUGCUCAUCACUUUCUUCUGCAUACCUUUCACUUUGCUGCAGAACAUCUCCUCACAAUGGUUCGGAGGAGUUCUGGUUUGCAAGACAGUUCCCUUUGUGCAGACUACAGCCAUAGUGACAGGCAUCCUCACGAUGACCUGCAUUGCCAUUGAGAGAUACCAGGGCAUUGUCUUCCCACUGAAAAUGAGGAGGCAGUACUCAUCCAAAAGAGCAUACAAGAUGCUAGGGCUGGUAUGGAUCGCCUCAGUGAUAGUGGGCUCACCAAUGUUGUUUGUGCAACAACUAGAGGUGAAGUACGACUUCUUGUAUGAUCACUACCACGUGUGCUGUCAGGAGAGAUGGCGCUCUCUGAGUCACAGGCAGGCAUACACCACCUUCAUCAUGGUGGCUCUUUUCCUGCUCCCUUUGGCAGCCAUGCUGUUUCUCUACACGCGCAUUGGCAUUGAGUUGUGGAUCCGGAAGAGGGUGGGCGACUCCUCAGUCCUCAACACCAUGAACCACAGGGAGAUCAACAAGAUCUCAAGGAAAAAGAAAAGAGCCGUUAAAAUGAUGAUAACCAUCGUUCUACUGUUCACCAUUUGCUGGGCCCCUUUCCACACAGUCCACAUGCUGUUUGAGUACUAUGACCUGGAGAAGAAAUUUGACGGAGUCACACUUAACAUGAUCAUCGCCAUUGUUCAGGCCAUCGGGUUCUUCAACAGCUUCAACAAUCCCAUCGUGUACGCUUUCAUGAACGAGAACUUCAAGAAGAGCUGCGUCUCUACCCUCUCCCACUGCAUCCGAAAGCCUAACCAGCAGCACUGCGCUGUGGUGGCUCCCAAACUGAGCUUGCAGUUCAUCAAACCCCAGAGUAGAGAAGCCUUCCUCGAAUCAGAUGAAGGCAACGGCUCGAAGCAGCACUUGGCGCAGAAUGGCCCCACAAGUUCCUCGCACGGAGAGAGCUCACUGGAAAUAAUAGGCGAAAAAAUUUCCACCAUCCAAACAGAACUCCCUGCGAACAGCUCCUCUCAAGUCAAAUGA